CACCUGACUCUUUCGGUUCAAUCGUGUUAGUCGUUACAGCUGGCAGUUCUGCGGCAUUUGUAACAAGGAAUGGCGGAGGGUCUGCUGGAGAGAUUGAGCUUCAAGUGACAGGAAUUGAAUAAAAUGGGAUCUGAACCAGAAAAAACUAAAGUGCCAUCCUUUCUGUCAGACUUGGGCCGAGCUACACUGCGAGGAGUAAGAAAGUGCCCUAAAUGUGGAACAUUUAAUGGUACACGGGGGCUGAGCUGUAAAAACAAAAGCUGUGGUACCGUCUUCCGAUAUGGUGCUCGUAAACAGCAGCACAAUUUUGAUGCCGUCAGAAUUAUAUCUGGAUCGGACUUGCAGAUCUUCUCUGUGCGACAGAAGGACAGAGGACCAGAAUAUCGCUGUUUCGUUGAACUUGGAAUUAUACAGACAACAAUCCAAACUGAUGAAGGAACUGUUAUCACUCAUUUGAGCUCUGGUCACUGUUAUGUCCCUUCUUGCUUCAAAAUAAAAUCUGAAACAAUCUUGGAAGGCCAAUGCCAACAUAUUCAGUUAGCCAUGGAGUGUCAGACAGAGGCUAUGCCUUUGACUUUAAAAAGUUCUGUUUUAAAUUCCUUGAAGGCAUCUCCAGAAAUUAAGCAGACAAUUUGGCAACUGGCAACAGAAUCUGAAGGGCCUCUGGUUCAGAGGAUUACAAAAAACUUUAUGGUAGUCAAAUGCGAGGCUGCAGCUGAAGACAGUGUAGGCUAUGUACAUGUUUCCUUCAAUGAGAAGAACAGUGUAAAAUCAGUGGGAGAUCAGCGAUUUAUAUGCUCCUGCCAAACUCAAAAGCUAGCCAAACCUGACCACUUGAAAGAAGAUGCUUUUUACAAAUGCAUUCAUUUUUAUAGUUGUAUCUGUGCCUUUGCCAGUGAUGAGAAGCUGUCACAGGAGUUCUCCAGUUUUCUCAACUUUGACUCUAGCGCUCCAGUUGUAAAAGCAGAAGCUAUCCAGCUUGAAAACCUUGCAGAGCCCAUAAUCCAAGCUGAAGAAGUGUCUUCCUCUAAGUCAAAGAAGAAGAAAAAGGAUGAUUCGUGCAGCAGGACUGCAGUACAAGAUGGAGUGAAUAAUACUCUGCGAAAAAGUGCACCAAGAAAACACCCUGCUGUAUCAUCGCUAAGGAAAACAGCUGAGAACAAAACAGUAGAUGAAUCUCAGGUGUCGUUUGGCUUCUUAGACUGGCUAGCCAGUGCAACAGAACAGAUUAAUCAAACAAUGCAUUACCAGUUUAAUGAUAAACCAGAGCCAUUGGUAUUUCAUAUCCCUCAUUCAUUCUUUGAUGCUUUGCAACAAAGAAUCUCGAUGGGAAGUACAAAGAAACGUCUCCCCAAUUCCACAGAAGCUUUUAUUCGAAAAGACUCAUUGCCCCUUGGAACAUUUUCCAAGUACACGUGGCAGAUUACCAGCAUCCUGCAGGUCAAACAGAUUUUUGACACACAAGAGAUGCCAUUACAAGUCACACGCAGCUUUAUACAAAAUCAGGAUGGAACAUAUGAAUCAUUUACUUGUCCAAAAGUGCAAGUGGAAAGUAUUGUAGAAUCAUAUGGGCAUGAAAGGCAACCAGUAAUUCGACCUCUGGAGCUUCAGACGUUCUUGAAAGUUGGAAAUACAACCCCAGAUCAGAAGGAGCCAACACCAUUUAUUAUAGAGUGGAUUCCAGACAUACUUCCUAAGUCUAAGAUUGGUGAGUUGAGAAUCAAGUUUGAAUAUGGCCACCAGCAGAAUGGACACAUUCAGUAUCAUGAGCAUCAUCAACUGUCUGACCAGACUCUCGGCCUUAUCCCACUGUCCACAAUUGCUUUUACAUGAAGACAUCUUAUCGGAUGACAUAUCAAACUUCAGACUUUUUUCAUAAGAAAUGCAGUUUAGAGUCUUCCAUUAACCAAUGUUUUUGCAGCUAUACCCAUUUUGUAAGAUGGCUUUUACUAGCUGAAAUCCAUUGGAAGCCAGAUAUCUGCUCAUUUUUUUAACCAGUUGCUUGUUAACUUGCUAAAGAACUGUUGGUUAACUGUUACUAUUUAUCAUUUUUAUUAUAUUUAAAUUAAAUUUUGCCUCCACAUGUACAUUUAAAAUUAAUUUAGAAAACAUCUGUGAGGUGUGUAAAUUUUUUAAGCAUGUCUUACAGUAAAAUGAUUGUGGGUUGCAACAGCCUACUUUAGUUUUGUACCUAAUGAAAAUGUCAUUUUCACAUCCCUAAAUCCUUCAAGAAUGAGUUAUUUAGAUUAUUAGCGAACAGUCUCUCAAUAUAUAAUAUGUGCUGAUUACUAUUAACCAGUUUCCAGAGACACAGCAAAAUACUAAACUGUUUUCUGUGGAGUGUUCUUGUAGCCCUUUGUUUAGCUAGCUACACCACUCUGACAGCCUUUAAUGGUCUUUUCAUUGCCCUAGAAGGAUGACAGCGUAAAGAAUACAACCUUUCCGCUCCAUUGCCAUUGGCACAGCAUGACUGCCAGCAGCCCAGAUCCCACAAUGUUCCUAAUACUUCAGACCCAGCAAGUCAGCAACUGUCCCAAUCCUUUUUUUACCUUUUGUGGUCAGCUGCCAGAUGAGGAGACAGACAAGAUAACAUUUGUAAAAUGUUGUGCUUAGUUAUAUAUUCCUUUUGUGAUUGUGCAGGUGAGAUGAUUGUUGUGCAGGUCUCAAGCUUUUGCUACUGCAUGGCUUAACAUAAGAAGAAAGCAUUUCCUGACUGGUUUCAUUGAUCACAAACAUGAUAAACACUGAGGGAUUAAUUAGUUAAUUAUAGAAUGGUAUAAAUUAAAAUAAAUUGCUCUCUUCAAGCCUUUAUCUACAGUGGAAAAUAGAUAAAUGCAUCUCAUGCUACCUCAGUGACUGAGAUGGUUAUGAAACAACAUCUGAAACUGAAGGACUGUAUUGAAGCCAAAGCCAUCAAGAAGUUCCCCGAAUGAACAAACAAGGUCAAGGUAUAUUUUAGAAAAGCAUUUUCCUGCUGUAGAUAGGAUAACAGCAUGAUUCUCAGGAAUGACAAAAGUAAAUCAGACAGGGUAUCAAUAGCUUUCAAGCUGGCCGAAUAACACUUUACUUAAUAAUCCAGUUUAUACUGUUAGUUUGCAGCGUUGUACUGCCAGUAGUAUCAGUAUGUACAUAAUCUACACUGACACUGGUUACAAGCCCCUUGCUGAUUUCUUCCUCUUUGGGACCACCAUUCUCACCAAGUGUGUCUGUGGUCUUUGUUGAUAGUGAUAGUAGGACACCUUACAGUUUUGAAUUUAAAUAUGAGCAUGAAAGUGCAAUGAAAUAAAAGUCGUGACUAUUGCUUGGCAA